AUGGUAGCUUGGGAUUUGAUGUUGAUGUCGAUUGUUGCAGAUGAAGAAGGUGCACAGGCUAAUGAUAGGGAUAGAAGAAGAUGUUGGGUUGGUAAUGUAUGGAAAGAAAUGGAAUCGAAGGGUGAACUCAAUAAUUUAUUUAAUGACUUAAAAUACGACGUGCAAAAAUUUUAUGACUAUCAUAGAAUGGAUUAUGAGAAAUUUCAAGCACUGUUGAAUAUAUGUCGACCAUGUAUCGAAAAACGAGCGCCGGAGUCCGUGGCGCGUCCAUAG